AACAGGUGUUCUAUUCCCGAGAAGAUGACUCUUCGCCGUGGCAUGUUGUUAUGAGGGCGCCACCGAGGGGAUAUCACGAGUUAGAGACAGAGGACGAAUUUUCUGGUGCACCGUCAGUUGAGGCAGUUGAUGUGUUGGGGAAUUAUUCUUCUGAUGACGAGGGUUUUUGUGUUAGAGAGGACUGUGAAGGAGUCCUACUAGGGGAUUAGUACAUAAUCUGUUUUUAAUGGAAUUUAUUUAUGUAUAUAGUCUGUUUUAAAUAGAUUUUGUUAUGGUUUCAAGGAUCCAACAUGGUGAAGUUUCAAGAAAACUUGUCUAGAGGAGGAAUGUCUAGAGGAGGACUGUCUAGAGGAGGAAUGCCUCGUCGAAGUUUGCGUCAACAAGGAAUAGAUGUCACUCCUAUUGGAAAGGCGAUCAAAAAAGUGGUUGGCCAACGAAAAAAAAGAAAAACUAGACAGAUAAAUGAAGUAGUAGAUAAAGAGACAGAGGAAGAAGUUGGUGAAGACAUGGAGAAAGACGUUGGUGAAGACAUGGAGAAAAACGUUGGUGAAGAGAAUGAUAGAGAAGUUGGUCAAACUGUUGAGAAAGAAGUUGAGCAACAGGUUAGAGAAGAACAUGUUGAGGAAGAAGUUGAGCAACAGGUUGGAGAAGAACAUGUUGAGGAAGAAGUUGCUAUAACAAAGAAGAAGAGAACCAGAGGCUUGACCAAAAUGCAGAAAGUGGCAAAAGACCCUCUGGUUAAGGUUGAUGUGCAAUUCACUACAACUGGCAAACAUUAUGGACCUGGUUCAGUAACCCUUUCAUCAUUCCUGGGUCCACUUGUAAGGGAGCAUGUGUCGGUUCUACGUGAAGAUUGGAGGCAGCUCGAUGAUCAGACAGAGGACAUACUAUGGGAGGAAAUUCAGGGGAAAUUUAAUUUGACAGAAGAAUGGCAGAAAGAUGCAGUUUUCCAGCAGAUGGGUUGUUUGUGGAGGGCUUCCAAGUAUAGACUUGUUUCCCAGUUGCGUGCUGCAAAAAGUAACGCUGUGAGACUUAACUUAAAACCAAGCAACAUACAAUCUAUUGAAACUUGGAAUACAUGGGUGAAGAACAUGACUAGCCCAUCGUUUCAGAUAAGAAGUAACAAAUACAGAGAACUAAGGAGGGCUCAGAUACCCCACACCACAAGCCGCAAAGGAAUGUUUCGCCUAUCUCAGGAGAUGAAAGAAAAGAGUUCAGACCCCAAACAGGUUACAAGGAGUAAGGUGUGGCUAGUAGGACACACCUAUACAGAUGGGACCCCUGUGCGUCCAGAAUUUGCAGAUACAUUUGAAAAAAUUCAGUCAGUUGAUAGUCAGAUGGACUCCACAUCUUGUGAUAAUGUUAGAGAAGAUGCUGUUAGUCAAGUACUCGGAAAAGACAAAUGUGGAAGAGUUAGAGGGUUGGGUAGAGGUGUUACCAUUACUAAGCUAGCAUUCCGUCAGGCUAGAGAUUCAAAAGUAGAAAAUCUUGAGGCUAAACAAGUUGAAUUGAUUAGCAAGGUGGACCACUUGAAUAAUGUAGUUCGUCAAUUAGCUGGGAAGCGUAGUGAUCAUGGGUCUUCUCAAUCGGAAAUAAGUGAUGUUAGCAAAGGAGGAAUUAGGUGUCAGCUCCUUGACUGGUAUGCAGUAGAAGAUAUUGUUGUCGGGGAAGAAGAAUUUUGCUCUGCUGAGCCAACAUACAAGAUUGGUCGCAUUCCUCCUCGCCCUAAUGCGGCAGCUGUUAUAGUGAAGAGUGUAGUAAAGACAGAAGCUUCUCUCUGGAGGCCUACACAAACCCAAUUCUCGCUUGAAGAUGUUGUGGGAGUCAAAAUUCCAUGGCCGGUUGAUAAAGUGAUUUUGGACGAUGAAAAUUCUACAAGAACUGGAAAUAAAGCUUCUGGAUCCUCGGGUACAAAUGGGAAUGAAUCAAUCGAGAGAUGCCAAAUUUAUGAUUGGAAUAGCAAUGAUUGUGUUAUUGCUGAGGGUGUCAUGUGUUCAACUGACCAGAAGGAAAUGGUGAACAAUAUACCAUUGGGUCCUAAUGCUGUAAUUAUGAUGGUCGAUGCUGUGCUUAAACCCAAUGCGUUUUUGUGGAGACCAACUGCGGAGAUGUUUACAGUGGGUGAUGCUUUGAAUGCAAAAAUUGCAUGGCCAGUUCAUAAGAUUCAGUUGCUGAAAAUACCUACACAAGCUGAGUCAGUUACAAAACCACCACCGGCUACUGCAAGUAACAAGACUACUGCAAGUAAAAGGACGAGUAAUACCAAUGGUAAUGCAAAGAAGAAGUGCAUCAUGUUCGAGUGUAACAACUAUGGACGGAUUGUCGCUGAAGACCGAGUAUGUUCUACUGAUCCAGAAGACCGUGUUCAUUUUGUCCCACUAGGUCCCAACGCUAGCAAGGUCUGGAUAGAAGUUUCAAAGAUUAGUGAUGCAGGAGUGUGGAGACCAAAUUCAAAAGUUCAGUUCAUUUCGGAUGCAGUUGGCAUCACAGUCGCUUGGCCUAAUGAUAAAAUCAGAUUUAUCUAAGAAAUGUUUUUUUCUCCUCUAUUGAUCUAAGACAUUUUCCAUCUUUUCCCUAUGAUUUUUCUCGGCUCUUUAACUUUGUGUUGGUCUGUAAUAUUUCAACUGGUAUGUGUACUUUAUGACUAGUUGCAGGUUCUUUUAUUUUAACA